ACUAACUUCAUCAACAUCUCUCCACAUUUUCCCUUCAUUUUUUCUCCCAAUCGAAAUUAGGGCUUUUUUGUUUCUUGAUCGAAUUUGAAGAUAACAUCAAAUCUUUCACAAUAUACUUCAAUUUGCGUGAUUUCUUCUCUGUUGCAGUUUUUGGAAGGCGGAAUUUCGCAAGGGAUGGUGUGGCCGCUCUUUUGCCGCAACUAUGACUACCAGACUACUAAACAGUCGGACUUGCAAAAUUUAUUCUCCAGAUACGGAAGAAUUGAGCGAAUUGUCGUGAAAAAAGGACAUAUGCCGUGGAAAAUGAUCUUCUAUAUCGGGUUGUCAUCUACUCUGCAAUAAGAAUCUCUAAUGCAAGAAGGGCUUGCUGGAUCUCUCUCACACACAAAUGGAAAUGUUGCACAUGUUUCUGAUCACAAUAGUGAUAGGGGAUCGAUGUGUUUUAUCCAUGAGUUGUAUCAUUCACAUUUCUCCAUUUAUAGAACAUCUCUGUGAAAUUGGUGAAAACUAUGCUUAUCAAUGAUUGCUUGACUUCCCAUGGCUAUAAUUUUAGUUAGCCUUCAUCAUCACUCACACACUGCUUUAGUCCAUCAUGCAAGUUCACUACCUCCUAACUUUCAAUCGAACAGUCCCAUGUUCACUCCUGUGUUCUUUAUUUAUUUGUUGGUUGCAAACGUUUUUCUCUUAGUGAUGCUAUUGUGAGCUCGGGGGAGUGAUAAACAGUCCUGUUGUGUAUUUCUCUUAGUGUACUCACGCUAGUUAGUACAUAUAGGCUUUUCUUUUGUCCAUUUCAAGUAUAAAAAUCAUGCGGAAGCUGCCAUCCGUGGUCUUCAUGGCAUACUGUUUGGGAAUGAGAGACGGGAAUUAAUGGUUGAAUGGGCUACGGAUGAGUGCUGUAGGCAUCAUGAUGGUUCAGAAUCAAAAACAAGACCAAAUAAAACCCUUUUUGUGAUACACUUUGACCUUACUCGUACUCGAGAUCAUGACAUAAAAAGCCAUUUUGAGCGCUAUGGGAGGGUUCUUAAUGUAUCCAUGCGUCAGAAUUAUGCUUUUGUGCAAUUUGAAACUCAGGAAAAUGCCACAGAAGCUCUGAAGCGCACCCAUGGGAGUAAGAUAUUCGAUAGAAUUAUUUCUGUUGGUUAUGCUUUCCGACGUGCUGAUGAAAAGGGCAGUAGAGAGGGUAGCCCCCCUAGAGGGGAAAACGGAAGGCGUAGAAAUGAUGCUUCCUUAAGGUCAUCCAUUCCAGCAUGCCGCCAUGGUCGAACAGGUCCUGAUUAUGGGUUGGUUCAAGGCACAGAUUAUGAUAGGAGGUGCGAUGGUCCUUCAAAACCAUCCCGUGCACAAGCAAGUCAUGUUUAUGAUAGGUACAAAGGUCCUUCAAAUCCAAGGGCCAGGAUUCUUGACCGUGUGCGUGCAAGGCCUGUUUAUGAUAGGUACAAUGGUCCUUCAAAUCAAAGGGCCAGGCGUACUGACCGUGGGCGAGCAAGUCGUGUUUAUGAUAGGUACGGGGAUCCUUCAAAUCCAAGGGCUAAGAGUCCGGCGCGUGAUAUGAAGAACAAAUGUGUCUUCCUUUUAUAUCUGCGAAUCUCUCUGCAAUCGGGACUGUGCACGUGUGCAGCCCCGCUGUCAUCUGCUGUGCGUGCGUGCGUGCAAGAAUAGAAAGGCUCUUCCAUUUUUCGACUGAUCAAAACAUUCCACCAAAUCACAUAGUGAAGUUUAGCUGAUUUUGGCUUAUGAUCAGUUUAGAAUUGUAGAAAAACUAUGUUACUUCUUUACCUGAAAUGCCUUUGAAACAAUACCACUUUUAGGUCA